CUGCUCCGGGUCAGAACCAGAACUUUUCUGACAGGAGGCUGGACCUGUGGAGCGCACGCGCCUGUGCGUGUGUCCGCGCGCAGGAGGACCCGCUAUAAAACCGGUCCCGGCGGCUGCAGGGCGCAGAGAACCCGUCCGGACUUUGGGUUCUUUUGGGUUCGGAACAUCAUGAUGUUCCCCUGCAGCGCUCUCCCGCCUCUCUACCCGAACCUUCUGCGUCCUCCUCCGAACCGAACCCUGCCCUCCGGGUUCCUGGUGGAGGACCUGCUCCGGUUCGGUCAGCCGGUCCACCGAACCUUCUCCACCCCGGGCGGAACCGGGGACUUCCUCCCGCUCAGCCCGGGACUCGGUUCUUCCCCUCAGGCGUCUGGACCGACCACGGAGCAGCCGAACCGGACCGGUACCGGCUCUCCGGACUCCGGUUACCUGAAGUUCGGAGUCAGUGCCAUCCUGGCCCCGUCCACCCGAACCG